GAAUUUGUAUGCACUUCAAAUUUCUUAGCUCCAAAACUUAUUUUCUGCCGGAAAAGUGAAAGAUUCUUUCUUUUUCGCCAAACAAAAGUCAAAUCAAUGAAUGAUGAAGAAAUAUUGUAUCCAAUCCAUGACUAUGCGUUGCACCCUUACCUCUAGUAAUCCGCCGGACUGAAUUAUCGCGCGUCAUACCCUUCCGGCCGCUUCUAGUCUGUGUUCACAUUUCCCAAUCGGAGAGAAACUUCACCCGGAAAGUCGUCUAACCGAGCCUUUUCAGAUUCAAUGAGCAAGCGAUGAUGGUGGACCUUAUCGCCCGAUUCUGCCUACUGUUUUUCUCUAUACACUUUUGCUCUCUUCUCCACUGUUCGAUCGCUAGCCGUACCUCCAUUGCCUCCGGCAGCUCAGAUUUCUUAAAUCAGAAUAUUACAUCUGGGUCGAGCAGACGUUUAUUUACAGCAGAACACUUCCAAAAACUUGAAGAAUUAUCUAGAGGGUACAUGACAAACGCCGAACUUGAAAGUGCCAUAAUGGCCUUUAAUCGUAGGUGUAGCAGCAUUUCAAGAGUAUACAGGUAAUAAAAGGUUGAGCAGAGGCUAGCUUUAUGAAAGUAUAAUAUCCAUGUUUGCUAAUUUCUGUUUCUUCCAUAAGCAUUUAUGCUGUUAGUAACUUUAUACUCAUCCUUGAUCCUCAUGCUAUGCAAAUAUGCCAAGGUAUGCUGGUCACGUCACAAACUAUUUUAUAUCGACAACUCCGAUAUAUUUGCAUUGGAAAGAGUGUACAAGGACUUCCACUGUGGGUGAUGGAAAUUUCAGACAAACCAGGAAAGCAAGAGGCUGAACCUGCUUUUAAGUUUAUUGGAAACGUGCAUGGGGAUGAACCAGUGGGGCGUGAGCUUCUAAUGCUUCUUGCUAAUUGGAUUUGUGAUAAUUACAUGAAGGAUCCCUUGGCUACCUUGAUUGUGGACAAUGUUCAUCUUCAUAUUCUACCAUCUAUGAAUCCUGACGGGUUUGAGAUGAGGAAACGUGUAAAUGCAAACAACAUCGAUCUGAAUCGUGAUUUUCCAGAUCAGUUCUUUCCCAUGAAUGAUGAUCUCGGAUCACGUCAACCAGAAACAAAAGCUAUUAUGAGUUGGAUGGAAGAAGUACAUUUCACCGCAUCUGCCAGCCUGCAUGGGGGUGCACUUGUUGCAAAUUUUCCAUGGGAUGGAACUCAAGAUAAAAAGAAAUAUUACUUUGCUUGCCCUGAUGAUGAAACUUUCAAAUAUAUGGCAAAUUUAUAUAGUCAUUAUCACCACAACAUGUCUUUAAGCCAGGAGUUUCCAAAAGGAAUUACAAACGGUGCACAUUGGUACCCUAUAUAUGGUGGCAUGCAAGAUUGGAGUUACAUAUAUGCCGGUUGUUUUGAGUUGACUUUAGAGAUCAGUGAUGAUAAAUGGCCUAAUGCAACUGAACUUCCCACCAUUUGGGAAUACAACAAAAUGAGUAUGUUGCACCUUGUUGCAAGUGUAGUAAAGUCUGGAAUUCAUGGAAGGAUCUAUUCUGCUGAUAGUGGAAGGCCGUUGUCUGCUUCAAUAGGCAUAAAGGGAAUAAAUUACACGAUAAAAGCCGGUAAAACAUUUGCUGAUUACCACCGGUUAUUAGCUCCUGGUGAAAAUUAUGAAGUGGUUGCAACGAUGCCGGGAUACAAGUCAAAGAGGACACUCAUAGUUUUGAAGGAAGAAGCCAUGACUUUGGACUUUAUUCUUGAUCCAGUAAUCACUGCUGAAGGCUUUUUCCACAAGGGAUGGGAUUACAACUUCAUGCCAUGGUGGCAAUUAAACAUUUUUGUCAUUUUGAUUUUAAUAUUGGCUUUUCUCUGCAUCAUAUUGAAGAGCAGAGUAUUAAACCGCUCCAAACACAGACAAAACGGGGGGUCAAAAAGGCCUUCAUUUGUUUAAAGGAAUCUGAUUUACCCUUCCAGUAGAGAUUAUUGAGGUUAUUACCAUACAAAUAUACAAUGUAUUGUCUUCUACUCCGUAAUUAUUAAGUGAGUGCAAUUGUCAAGUACGGA